AAUGAAUGCAGUGUUACAUUGUGACAAUAACUGUUUUGUACAGGUCUACCGGCUCCACCCCUUCAUUCAGUCUUGCACAGGUGUACCGGCUCCUCCCCUUCAGCCUUGCACAGGUGUACGGGCUCCUACCCCUCAGUCUUGCACAGGUGUACCGGCUCCUCCCCUUCAGUCUUGCACAGGUGUACCAGCUCCUCCCCUUCAGUCUUUCACAGGUGUACCGGCUCCUCCCCUUCAGUCUUUCACAGGUGUACCGGCUCCUCCCCUUCAGUCUUUCACAGGUGUACCGACUCCUCCCCUUCAGUCUUGCACAGGUGUACCA